AAAGUCUGGCGUAUUCGCAUAACUUUCCUUCCGUGUUUGGUUUGGUCCAUUUGCGAGCGCGCUUUCUGUUUCCAUUCAAGUCUCAUAUUUGUACAUAUACUCUCUCUCUCUCUCUCUCUCUCUCUCUCCACCUUCUCUAUUUAAUUCAUUUUUUAAUUUAUUUUGUUAAUUUAAUUUUAAAUACGAACCUCUUAAACUAAUCAUUAACGAAGAAGAAGAACACAAGUAGGAGCAGCAGCAGGAGCAUGUUACAGUAGCCAUGGCAACAGAGAGGAUUGCAAUGAUCCUUUUCUUAAUUUUAAUCGCAGGAAAGGAUGCAAUUGGAGACUCGCUUGAUUCCGACAAGGAAGUGCUACUCAAUCUGAGGUUAUUUUUGGAACAAAAGAACAAAGUGAAUCAAGGAAAGUAUAACAAAUGGGACCCACAAUCCCAGACGCCGUGCACGUGGCCGGGAAUUUCAUGCUCCGGCGACCGAGUGACAGGGAUCAGCCUCCCUGACAACGACAUCGCCGGUGAUUUAUUCGGGAACUUCUCCGCCUUGACAGAGCUUACUCACCUAGACCUAUCUACAAACACUAUUGACGGCAGCAUACCACCCGACUUGGCCAGUUGCCGGAACCUCAAAGUAUUGAACCUGUCACAUAAUAUUAUGGGUGGCGGGCUCAAUUUGACCGGACUCACCAGCCUGCAAAUUCUCGAUUUAUCGAUGAACAGAUUCUCCGGCGACAUCAUGAUGAGUUUCCCCAGGGUUUGCAACGGAUUGGUGGUUGCUAAUCUCUCCACGAAUUAUUUCACAGGAGAAAUAACGACUUCUAUGGACGUAUGCCCGAAGUUGGAAUACAUUGAUGUGAGUUCGAAUCAUUUGACCGGAAACCUCUGGUUCGGAAUCAAUAGGUUUAAGGAGCUUUCCGUUUCUGAAAACCGCCUCAACGGCACCCUCCCUGCAUGGAUUUUCCAGGGAAAUUGCACUUUACAGGCGAUGGACCUCUCCGGAAACGCAUUUUCCGGUGGAAUCCCGAAGGAGAUUUCGAAUUGUAAAAACAUGACGAUCUUGGACCUCUCCGGGAACCAUUUCACCGAUAAAAUUCCAACGGAGAUUGGACUAAUUACAAAACUCGAGCAACUUUUAUUGGGAAACAACUCUCUUUCCAAAGAAAUUCCAGAGUCUUUGCUAGGGUUGACGAAUUUGAAAAAUUUGGACCUUAGUCGGAACAAUUUCACCGGAGAUAUACAAGAGAUUUUUGGACGAUUCACUCAAGUGAAAAACCUUCUCCUCCACGCAAACGGAUACACCGGCGGAUUAAAUUCAUCGGGAAUACUCCGGUUGCAGAACAUUUCACGAUUAGACCUGAGUUUCAACAAUCUCUCGGGUCCAUUACCACCGGAAAUAUCUCAAAUGGCAGGUUUGAGGUACUUAAUUCUCGCUGGCAACAGCUUCUCCGGGAGUUUACCUUCUGAAUUUGGAAAUUUGCGACAACUUCAAGCUCUCGAUUUGUCAGCUAAUAACCUACACGGGUCAAUCCCUUCAAAUUUCGGACAGUUGACCUCUCUAUUGUGGUUAAUGCUCGCUAACAAUUCCUUAACGGGUCAAAUCCCACCGGAGUUAGGCAACUGUAGCAGCUUGCUGUGGUUGAAUCUUGCAGAUAAUCAACUUUCCGGUUCAAUUUCACCGGAGUUGGCUAACAUAGGGAAGAAUGCGACACCAACUUUCCUGUUAAACAGAGAGAACAAUCCCCUGGCAGGCUCCGGAGAGUGUUCGGCGAUGAGAAGAUGGCUACCUGCAGAUUAUCCACCCUUCAGUUUCGUCUACACACUUCUUAACAGGAAGACUUGCAGGAGUUUAUGGGAUAAUUUACUUAAAGGGCACGGAAUUUUUCAAGUUUGCCUCCCCGGAUCGAACGUUCGGACAAAGCAGAUAUCUGGGUAUCUUCAACUCGGUGGAAACCGAUUAUCCGGCCACAUCCCGCCUGAAAUUGUGAGGAUGGAUAAUUUCAGUAUGGUGCAUUUGGGGAAUAACGAAUUUUCCGGUACCCUUCCUGCCGAAGUUGGGCAAAUGCCACUUGUCGUAUUGAAUGUUACUCGUAAUAAAUUUUCAGGACGAAUCCCCAUGCAGAUUGGCUUUCUCAAGUGUUUGAGAAAUCUUGAUUUGUCUUACAAUAACUUUUCCGGUACGUUUCCGACCAACUUGAACGAUUUAACUGAAUUAAGCAAGUUCAACGUCUCCUACAAUCCGUACAUCUCUGAUAAUUCAACAAACGCCACAUCUGCAAAGGGUGGCCGGAGAUCAAAUCCAAGAAAAUGGGGCGCAGUUUUGGUGUUCAUGUUUCUACUCCUAGCUUUCACUGUGUGUGGAGUCAUGACAAUACUAGUCUGCAUAGUGAUGAAAAACCCCACCGAUGAACCACCAUAUCUAAUAAAAUCCAGCCACCGCUUCACCUCCAACUCCGGCAGCUCCUCACCAUGGUUAUCAGACACAGUUAAGGUAAUCCGAUUGGACAAAACCGCAUUCACACACGCAGACAUUUUGAAGGCCACAAGAAACUUUUCAAACGAUAGAAUAAUCGGGAGGGGUGGAUUCGGAACUGUUUACAGAGGUGUAUUACCUGAUGGAAGAGAAGUAGCAAUAAAGAAGAAACUAAGAGAGGGUAUGGAAGGUGAACGAGAGUUUCGGGCAGAAAUGGAGGUUCUGACCCGAAACGGAUUCGGGUGGCCCCACCCGAACCUGGUAACCCUUUACGGGUGGUGUUUAUACGGGUCAGAAAAACUUCUUGUUUACGAGUACAUGGAUGGUGGGACCUUAGAAGAUCUAAUUCAAAAUCAAACCGGGUUCAAUUGGAGAAGACGUAUCGAUGUUGCAGUCGAUGUGGCCCACGCUUUGGUGUUUUUACACCACGAGUGUUACCCUUCGAUCGUUCAUCGAGAUGUAAAAGCUAGUAAUGUGUUGUUGGAUAGAACCGGGAAGGCCCGGGUUACCGAUUUCGGGCUAGCCCGGGUGAUGGACGCCGGAGAUAGCCACGUCAGCACGAUGGUGGCGGGGACAAUCGGAUACGUGGCGCCGGAGUAUGGCCAGACAUGGCAAGCCACCACGAAAGGGGAUGUUUAUAGCUAUGGAGUGUUGGUGAUGGAGUUGGCUACAGGGCGGCGGGCGGUGGAUGGAGGGGAGGAGUGUUUGGUGGAGUGGGCGAAACGGGUGAUGGGAGAUGGGCGGCAGUCAAUGAUUCCGGUGGCGGGCCUGGUGUGUGGUGGUGGUGAGGGGGCGGUGGAAAUGUGUGAAUUGCUUCGGGUUGGAAUAAGAUGCACUGCGGAAGCACCUCAGGCGAGGCCAAAUAUGAAAGAGGUAUUAGAUAUGUUGAUACGGAUUCUUGCUAAUCGUACAGAUUUUAGCUAUGGGUCUUUACUAUCUUCUUAA